AGAUAAGUGGUAGGGAUAGGGAAUUAUUAACCACACGCGCGAGACGCUUCCUCGACAGUUCGCAAACGGAGCCCGAUUGAGGCGCAUUUGAUGUGCUAGAGUUUUCUGACUUAUUUUCGUUAAUUUCUGAUCUCCCAUAUCAAACUGCUUCAAUUCGUGCAGCCACGUCUGCCAACACUGGCCUUGGCCAUGAACAUCGACAUUUCGGUGCAGGAACCCAUGCUGGUGCGAUCGUCGCCCGUCUCCGGCUUCACCACAUUUACAAUCUAUCUUCAUACGAGUCACCCCGCGUUUUCGGUGCCAAAGUCGUCAUGCCGCAGAAAAUUUUCAGAGUUUCAGUGGCUCCGCCGCUUACUUUUACGUCACCACCCUCACAGGAAUCCACCAGACCUCCCCAGCAGUGCCUUUUUGCUCAUUUCGUUAGAUGAAAAGUUUCUCGAGCAAAGACGUCUAGGACUGCAAACUUUUUUGAGAGAAUUGGUUUGCGUCCCUUCAUAUUUGGGCGAAAAGGCAGUGCACAUGUUUCUGCAAACCGAGCUCAAUAUAAACCGCAUUCAGGAAAACGUGGAUGGACUGAGAGAUGAUUUAGUUGCCAAACACUCACAGUACUGGCCAAAAAUUUCCGAGAGUCAAGACGUGAGUCUGGCCAUGGAACCGACGCAGCCGCGCCAAAUUCAGCGCCCAAGAAGUAACAGGGUGUCAUCCAGUUCGACUGGUGAAUCGUUUCCAGGAUCUCCCGCCGCCAUGUGGUCUUCACCCCAUUCUUACGGAUCUGCUCUCAUUUGUUAAAACAAAGACUGAUAAUACACUCAAUAUAGCAAUGAUGGAAAUCAAUAAAUU